AUCAGGAAGGCAGCGCCUGGGUGAGCGAGGCAAUCAGGAGCGCGGGCAGCCGGCCUCCAGGGCAGAAGAGAAGGAAAAUGAACCAGCUGCAGGCUUUGCUAAAUGACAGUCUUAUCAGAACAAAACAUGUGGAAAACGCAGCUAUCAUCAACAUAGCAGAAAGAGAAGUCUGUGCAUCAACCUUUGGCUUUAAUGUACCACCAGAGAAUGCCUUAAACCUUAUCUAUGCUUUCUACAAGAACUUAGUGCAAAUUAGAAGGGGAGGACUCUACUUCAAGGAGAAGUACUAUAAAUGUGUCCGCGCGGAUGAGCAUUCCAUCUAUCUUCAGAAUUCAGAUGGAGGCCUGAUAGUUGUGAAGACAAAGACUUUCAUCCUGGUUGCUACUUACAGAACGGGCAUGUAUCCCAGUGUGUGUGUGGAAGCUGUGGAGAAACUAGAUAAAAUGUUGGCAGCCUAUUUCGAUUGCCCAGGAGGACCAGAAAAUCUUUAUGUGAAAGAAGUGAAGAAACCACAUCCGGGAGAAGGAGAAGUUCUUGUGAAGGUCUCUGCCAGUGCUCUGAAUAGAGCUGAUUUACUCCAGAGGAGAGGGAAGUACCCUCCCCCCAAAGGAGCGAGUGAGAUUUUAGGCUUAGAAGCAGCUGGGAGCGUGGCUGGGCUCGGACCUGGCUGCAAGGGCCGGUGGAAGACUGGCGAUGCAGUGAUGGCUCUGCUCUCCGGAGGUGGCCAGGCAGAAUACGUCACAGUGCCCGAAGGCUACCUGAUGCCAAUUCCCAGUGAUACAACUUUUAUUCAGGCUGCAGCCAUUCCCGAAGCCUGGUUAACAGCCUUUCAGCUGCUGCAUUUUAUAGGUAAAGUACAGAAGGGCGAGAGAGUGUUGAUCCACGCUGGAGCUAGCGGAGUUGGCAUGGCAGCCAUUCAGCUGGUAAGACUGGCAAAAGCUAUUCCCAUCGUGACAGCAGGAACUCAAGAGAAACUGAAAGCAACAGCAAAUGCCGGAGCAGCUGCAGGGUUCAACUACAAGAAUGAAGAUUUCAGUGAAAAGGUCUUAGCAUUCACCCAAGGUUCUGGAGUAGAUAUUAUUUUAGAUUGUGUUGGUGGCUCGUACUGGGAGAAGAAUCUCAACUGUCUGAGUACUGAUGGCCGAUGGAUUAUUUAUGGACUACUGGGUGGAGGUGAAGUACAUGGAGAUUUGCUUUCAAGGCUGCUUUCCAAAAGAGCGAGCAUCCAUACAAGUCUAUUGCGAUCACGAGACAAGGAGUAUAAGGAACAGCUGGUGAAAGCCUUCACGGAAGAUGUGCUGCCGUAUUUUUCUGGAGGAACUUCCCCUCAUCUCCAACCACUUGUUGACAGUGUUUACCCUCUGCACGAGCUUGCAGAGGCGCACAGGCUUAUGGAAGAAAACAAGAAUAUUGGCAAAAUUGUCAUCAGAAUGCCUUCUUAAUCCUAAAGAAAGGCCUACUGCGGUAAUUGUUUCAGGGACAGAAUUGUUACAGGUAUUUGACAAGCAGAGCAUCUGCCAUUUCUGCUUCGAAGCCGUAAUGAUGUCGAAAUGGAGGGGUAAAGUGGUGACUUGCAGGACGCACUUAAUAAAAAGGUUCCCGUUGCA